UAAAGGGGGCGGGUCUCGUUUUGCAGAAUGAACAAAGACUGAGGCCGAAUUUCAAAACCAAGGCAACUGUAUAAUGGCUACCAGUGCCCAGCAGAGGUCAAGGAGCCGCAGGUCUCAAGCUAGAGUCAAUAGUUCCCUCAACCCUCCUCAACCUCCUGCUCCACCACCCCUGCAUUCAGCCACACCCCUUUCCUCUCUCACCAAGAAGACACCAUACACAAUCCAAAGGGACUACAAAGUACUAGAAAGAGAGAAGAGAGUCACUACCAUCCUCAGCAAUGACCACUUUCGGGCUCAACUGGAGAGCAUUCUCCAAUCACAGAAAGAUGGCUCAGCUCAUCCAAAGAAAACCAACCUCCAAAAGUUACAAGAGAGCUCUUCUCAUUCUCCAAGCAGGAUUACUAAGACGACUGGUGCGCUGGGGUCUGCAACAGAAGCUAUUAUUCCGAUUGAUGAUCUGAGGGGAGUGAGUUCGUCCAAGUACACACUUGCCGAAAAGCAGACACGUUGUAAGCUGGCAGCAGUGUACAGACUUGUUGAGAUGUUCGGUUGGAGUCAACUGAUAUACAAUAGUAUUACAGCAUGUUCACCUGGUGACGGUCAUGGCAUUCUAGUCAACCCCUUUGGUCUGCUUUAUAAUGAAGUGACAGCGUCAAGACUGGUGAUGGUGGAUAUUGAUGGAAAAGUCAGAGACUCUGGUAGCACACAGCUGGGAAUAAACCAGCCUGGUUUUGCACUGCACGCUGGUAUCCAUUCAGCCAGGAAGGAUGUCAAAUGUGUAGUACAUGUCCACACAACUGCUGGAGUGGCAAUAUCGUCGAUGAGUUGUGGUCUGCUUCCUAUUUCUGAAGAAGCACUCAGUUUAGGUGGCAUCUCAUACCAUGACGGCUUGCACCUCUCCAUUGAUGAGCAGAGAAGACAGAUCGCUGAAAACCUAGGCCCUACUAACAAGGUGCUUAUUCUACGAAACCACGGCCUGGUUGCCCUCGGAGAAAGCAUCGAAGAAGCCUUCCACAUCACACACAAGCUAUUGAAGGCAUGUGAGAUACAGGUUGCACUGAUGUCUGUCGGUCUCACCAACAUCACACAAUGUAAGGGAGUGUGGUCAAAAAGCAGGCCUUGUCAGGGUGGUGUUGAUGUGGAAUCAACAUUUACAAUCUUUGACUCUAUCUCGAGAAAAUGGGGACCAGGAGAAUUAGAAUUUGAGGCACUUAUGAGAAUGCUCGAUAACAAAGGUUAUAACACUGGGUAUCGGUACAAAGCUCUCAGUUUGUUGGAACCAGAGAAUGGAAGAUCAGGAACUUGGAGCACAGCUCAAAAUAAUGCCAGCAAUGAUUGGAAUUUUCUCGAUCAACGAAAAAUUGACAGAACAGAACCUGUUAUCAAAAAACGAAAUGGACACAGAAAAUUCACGGAAAUGAGGGAACAGCCAAAUCAAGAGAAUACUCCAUCAGAGGUUUCAAUUGAGAGAGAACCAGCUGACAUUGAUCGUGGUUUGAGUCCACUGGCUAGAGCAGAGCUAACAGCAAUACAAGUAGCUCAGUCGACUGGAGAAGCUGUGCAGAGACUUGCCAAAGAUACAUCACUCCUAAAACACACACCAGCCAACCCGCACAGUACAGUAGAACAAACUGUAGACUCUUCGCAGCUUUCGGCUCUAGAAAUGGCACAGAACACAGCAGAAAGAGUUGCAAGGUCCACUGGGGAAGCAUUAAGAACACUGACACAUGACUUUGCAGCCAGAACACAAGGGAGCUCUCGUUUUCCAAACCACGUUCGGAACGGAGACCUCGAAGCAAGCAGCGAACCGUCCCUGUUGACAGGAGGAGGUUAUAGUGCACUACCAGCAAGACUGACCGAUAGGUUUGAGCAAAGAAGUUCCCUCCAAGGGAUGAAUGGACUGGGGGUGACAGAGGGGAAGACGUCAACUCCUCAACAAGAGGGUCGUGUAGGCCUGCAGUCAUUUCAUCGAUCUCUGGGGAGCCUCAGCUUUGAAGAAGGCCUGAGUCCAUUGGAUAAAGUCAUUCACACAGCUGAGAAAGUGGCUGGAUCAACUGGUGUUGCUGUUGUCAAAUUAUCAGACUCUCUAACAACUACUCCAUAGAAGUAUCUCCCACUUUAUUUUUAUUAUUUUA